GUUAAGCCCUGUUUUAAAUUUCAUUUGUUCCUUUUUUUCAUUUUUAGGCUUUUUAGUUUUCUUUCUUUCUUUCUUAUCUUCUUUAGGUUCUCCAAUUCGUUCGUUGGAGCUCGAGCCCGUCACGAGCGUCUUCUAUUAUUUUCUGAUGAGAGGAAGUGAAAAAAAAACCAAGCAAUUAAGUUAAAGAGCACCAUCACCACAAAAUGAUCAGAUUCUUCUUCUGCUACUACUACUGAUUCAGCUUCUGCUGAGAGUUGGGAAAGAGAAUCUUCAGUCUAAAUCAGUAUCAGGGGUUGGUGAGUUUCUGUAUUGAUCUCUGUUUUUGUGGGUUUUGUUUUGUUGGGAGGAGGAGGAAAGAUGAAGAGAGAGCAUCAAGAGAGUAGCGGCGGCGGCGGCGGUGGUAGUGUUGGUGGUUGUGGUGGAGCUUAUUCAAUGGGGGCUGCGCCGGACAUGGGGAAGGCAAAGAUGUGGGAUGACCCACAGCAGCAAGAUGCAGGAAUGGAUGAGCUUCUCUCUGUGUUGGGUUACAAGGUGAAGUCAUCGGACAUGGCGGAAGUGGCUCAGAAGCUUGAGCAGCUGGAGAUGGUAAUCGGCAAUGUUCAGGAAGAUGGCCUUUCACAUCUAGCUUCCGAGACUGUUCAUUACAACCCUUCUGAUCUCUAUACCUGGCUUGAAAGUAUGCUCUCUGAAAUCAACCCUCCACCCAAUUUCGAUCCGAACUCUGCUCAACAGCCGCCUUUGCCCCAACCCAUUGAUGAUCCUCUCCUCGCUCCUGCCGAGUGUUCGACCAUCACCACAGUUGAUUUCCCCAAUUCAACGCAACAUCAACAUCAACAUCAACAACAGCAACCUCGAAUCUACGAUGCACCUUCGGAUUACGAUCUCAGAGCAAUCCCAGGCGGGGCCAUUUACGCACAUACGGAAGCUUCAUCGGCUCCUUCCAGAGAGACCAAACGGAUGAAACCGACUUCCACCACAUCUACUUCCUCUGCAUCGGCAACCGCAUCUUCAUCGCCUGCUGCUACUGUUCCUCCUGUAGGUGUAGGGGUUACGACGACCGAGUUAUCUCGGCCGGUCGUACUUAUGGAGCCGCAGGAGAACGGGAUCCGAUUAGUCCACAGCUUGAUGGCCUGCGCCGAGGCGGUUCAACAAGAUAAUCUUAAGGUCGCUGAGGCACUUGUCCAACAGAUAGGGUUGCUGGCCCGGUCUCAAGCCGGUGCCAUGAGAAAGGUCGCUACAUACUUUGCAGAAGCCCUAGCUCAGAGAAUUUAUCGAUUGUACCCUCAGGAGAACUUGGAAUCGUCCAUCUCAGAUAUUCUCCAGAUGCAUUUCUACGAGACCUGCCCAUACUUGAAAUUCGCCCAUUUUACGGCCAACCAAGCAAUCCUGGAGGCAUUCGCAGGGAAAAGCCGAGUUCACGUUAUCGAUUUUAGCAUGAAACAAGGGAUGCAGUGGCCGGCUCUGAUGCAGGCGCUGGCACUCCGACCUGGUGGUCCGCCCACGUUCCGGUUAACCGGAAUCGGCCCACCUCAGCCGGACAAUAGCGAUUCUUUGCAGCAAGUAGGGUGGAAGCUGGCUCAGCUGGCGGAUACCAUUAAUGUCAAAUUCGAGUACAAAGGGUUUGUGGUGAACAAUUUGGCCGACCUGGACCCGUCGGUGCUGGAGCUGAGGCCAAGCGAGGUGGAGGCGGUGGCGGUGAAUUCCGUAUUCGAGCUUCACAGGCUAUUGGGUCGACCGGGAGCAAUGGAGAAGGUGUUGACAUCGAUCAAGGAGAUGAAGCCGAAGAUCGUGACGAUCGUGGAACAGGAAGCGAACCAUAACGGACCAGUGUUCUUGGACCGGUUCACGGAGGCGCUGCAUUACUACUCCACCUUGUUUGACUCGUUGGAAGGGUGUGGGGUGUCGCCGCCAAACACUCAAGACCUAUUGAUGUCGGAGAUGUAUUUGGGGAGGCAGAUCUGCAACGUGGUGGCCUGCGAAGGGACGAAUCGGGUGGAGCGACACGAGACGCUGACUCAGUGGCGAACUAGGAUGGGAUCGUCCGGGUUCUCACCGGUUCAUCUCGGGUCCAACGCGUUCAAACAGGCCAGUAUGUUGUUAGCUUUGUUUGCGGGUGGGGAUGGGUACAGGGUGGAGGAAAACAAUGGGUGUCUCAUGCUAGGCUGGCACACAAGGCCACUCAUAACCACGUCAGCUUGGCAACUUGAUGCAAGCGAUUCUAAAUGAGUCAACUCAACUAACUCAUCUCUUGUUUUCUCACGACACGUGAGUCACAA